GUAUUUUCAAGAUGGCGCCGGACUGUGGCCGGAAUGCCGCUGCUGCAGCCAGCUGAGGGAUUUAAUUAAUCUUCCACCUGGCGCAAACAAAUAUACACACAUUUAUAUGUGUGUGUAUACAUAUGUAUGUAUGUUUUCCAUGUUUUUAUUUUUUAUUUUAGACAUUAGAAGUUAACAUGUUGCGCCCGCUGUGUGUCCGGUAACGUGGAAGAAGAAGUGUAUCCCCGGCUAAAGAUGGUAGCCCCGUCUUCCUCCGAGAACAACAGAACCUGCAGCCGCUGCGGAGCUCGGCCGUCCCCGCAGGAUUUUACGCCCGGGGCCGAGGUUCUCUUGGCGGACUGAGAGGUACCGAGGGGGUCAUGGAAGAGGCGGAGAACGGGGGCUCGCUCGCCGUCGACGUGAACGAGAAUGAGGGAUUAGGACCGAGAGGAGCCCUGAAGGAGCGGAGCGCAGCGGUGCUAGCCGGUGUCAGGGGGGGUCAGGGACCCGGGAAGGGUCGCGUUUACGCGCAGGACGCCUGCGUGCAGCCUCCGAGCAGCAGCGGGGGGGUCAUGCUGGACCUGGAGAGGAGGCGCGUCCCCGGCGCGUCCCUGAUGAACGGCUUCACGGAGGAGGAAGCUGCGCCGGAGACGGGGGGCGAUGCAGGGGAAGUCACCCCCGGAGUAGAGUCAACAGGAGGCGGGUGUGUGGGGCUGACGUGCCCCGCGGGGAACCUGCAGCGGAGGAACCGCGCUGGUCCGGAUGUAAACGUGCCCAACGGGGGCGUUGAGAGGCCGGAUCCGCGGGACCAGAGACUCGGCUCCACGGAGGAAGUGAAAGUAGCCAACGGGGGUUUACACAUCUCCAGGGAGACAUGUGACUCUUCUGACUGUUCCCAGGAAAACGGCUCAGGGGAGGGGGGGGGCAGGCCGGUCCCUCGGUGCCCCGGGGGGGACGCACCGGCUCCGGGCCCCUCGGAGGAGGACGCCGCCCCCACCACCACCACCACCCCCCCUGGAUCCAGAGCCAAGCUUCCUUCGCCCUCCUGCGCUUCCACCCCGUCCAAGCUGAACGGCGACAGCCCGGCGUCCGAACCCCACAACACCAGGGGGGAGGAGGAGGGGGGGGAGGAUGAGGGGGAGGAUGAGGGGGAGGAUGAGGAUGGGGGGGAGGAGGAGGAUGAGGAUGGGGGGGGGGAGGAUUUCAGUGACCUCAGUUUGCCCGUCAGGCCUCAGAGUCUGAGGACUAACCCCAACUUCAGCGUGUCGCUGAGCUGCGACGCCACCCCGUUGUCCCCGGACGAGGACGGAGGGGGAGGGGGAGGGGGAGGCUUUUAUUUUGGAGAUGGGAGGGGGGGGGUUUACGACGAGGACUUCGGGGGCGUCCUGGAGGGGGGGGGGGGCCGCAGGCAGAGCGCCCCGGACCAAAUGCCCGACCUCGGCGACGGGAGCUCGGACCCCAAGAUGAUGCCAAAGAGGUUCGGCAUCGCUGAGUUCUUCACCAGGAGCCUAUUUUCUAGGAAAUCCAAAGAGCCCAGGGCGACGUCCCACAAUGCAACGGGGUGGCGACUGUUCGGGAAGGCUGCUCCCCGAGAGGACGAUCCGGGCAAAGAUCCGGCGUCGGAGGCGUCCGAGCAGCAGUUGGAGCAGACGGACGAGUCGAGCGCGGCGUCGUGUCCUCAGCGCCCCCUGGCUGCAGGGAGGAGGAAGAACCUGGAGUUUGAGCCUCUUUCCACCACCGCCCUCAUCCUGGAGGACCGGCCGUCGAACCUUCCCGCCAAAUCCACGGAGGAAACUCAGAGGCACAAGCAGGAGUACGAGGAGAUGGUGGCAGGAGCCAAGAGGAGAGAGCUGAAAGAAGCCCAGAGGAAGAAGCGUCAGAUGAAGGAGAGACACCGGCAGGAGGACAGCAUCUCCAACGCCAUGGUGAUCUGGAACACCGAGAUCCUGCCUCACUGGGACGCCGUGAAGGCGACGAGGCGAGUCAGGGACCUGUGGUGGCAGGGACUUCCUCCCAGCGUCAGGGGGCGAGUGUGGAGCCUCGCCAUCGGCAACGAGCUCAACAUCACUCCAGAGCUGUACGAGAUCUUUCUGUCCAGAGCCAAAGAGAAGUGGAGGAGUUACAGUGAGACCAGUUCAGUCAACGACAACGAGAGCGACGGAGGAGCGUCUCUGGCCGACAGAGAGUCCAGUCUGGACCUCAUCAAACUGGACAUUUCCAGAACCUUCCCCUCUCUCUUCAUCUUCCAGAAGGGCGGCCCGUACCACGACCUGCUGCACAGCGUCCUGGGCGCCUACACCUGCUACCGACCCGACAUCGGCUACGUGCAGGGAAUGUCCUUCAUCGCCGCCGUGCUCAUCCUCAACCUGGAGGAGGCCGAAGCCUUCAUCACCUUCGCCAACCUGCUCAACAAACCCUGUCAGAUGGCGUUUUUCAGGGUCGACCACGAACUGAUGUUGAAGUAUUUCGCAGCCUUUGAGAUUUUCUUCGAGGAGAAUCUGCCUCGUCUCUUCAGCCACUUCCAGACCAACAACCUGACGCCCGACCUCUACCUGAUAGACUGGAUCUUCACCCUGUACAGUAAGUCCCUCCCCCUGGACGUGGCGUGCCGAGUGUGGGACGUGUUCUGCCGGGACGGGGAGGAGAGCUUGUUCCGGACGGGUCUGGGCGUCCUGCGCCUGUAUGAGGACGUCCUGCUGCAGAUGGACUUCAUCCACAUCGCCCAGUUCCUCACCCGCCUCCCGGACGACCUGCAGGCGCACACGCUCUUCAGCGCCAUGGCGACCACGCACAUGAUCAGCAGGAACCGCCGCUGGGCUCAGGUGUUCUCUGCGUUAAUGAAGGACGGAGCUAAAGACUCGGACAGAAACACCAGCCCGGCUUUGAGAAGCUAACACUAGCUGAGCUAACACUAGCUAAGCUAACGCCUCCCCUCAAACUAAACCGGAGGCCGAGUUUCCCUCCAACCCCGUGUCGGGACCAGAGCCUCCGACCUCUCAGCAGUAUUUUAUAGUAAACGUCAGAAAACACUGAACGAGGCCUCGACGGGAACCAAUGGAAUAAACCCACUAAGGACAAGCCCCGCCCCCUUUCUCUGUCCGAGGCUCAGAGACGACUUCAUGGUUCUUCAUUUCACACGUUUCGUUUUUUAUUUUUUUAGCUUGAAAUCCAAACACGAUGACUCCACAGGUGUUUCCUCCUCCUGAGCGUCUGCUGCCUCCUCAGAGCACUUUAUCUACAGCAGCUACGUCACAAACACUCACAGAAACAAACUAGAGGAAGAAAAGUCCUUAAAUUAAAGGUGGGAGGAGGUUUUUAACAUUUUUUUAUUUAAGUGCUUCUUUACUUUAACAACAUGUCUGCAAUUAAGUUUAAUUAAAUUAACACCCGGCAACUAUUUUAUCAAUUAAAUCCUUUUUAUUACCUGAUGGUUUCAUAUCGUCGUCGUCGUCAUCAUGAGCUGUUUAAUAAUAUUUUAUAGAUUCAAUACGUUUCUGUAGCCGAACGUUGUUUUUUUUUACUCUGAGCUGCAGAAAAAAAGACGAAAAUCUGUUCUGUCUGUUUUCUAACAACAAAAAAACAGAUUUGUUUUCUUUAUAAAACUGAUGAUCUUCAAAGUUUUUUCCUUUUCUCUAAUUUCCUCCUUCUCUUCUUCUCUCCAUCCUCAGACGUUUCUUUCUCCUCCGCUUCAUUUUUUUAAAUUAAAUUAUUGAAAGUUUCAGAUGUUUGAUUCGUUAAAGAGUCGACGUCGUCGUUAAGAUGAAGUUUAAAAGUAAAACACACACUUUGAUUUGUUGACACACUAAACAACAACAACACUACACAGACACACAACAACUUUAAAUGUGGACCAAGAGGAAGAUUUUACCCUGAUCAACAAUUCAACACGAGUAAAAAUAAAUCAUUAAAAAUAUAUAAUGAAUGAAACUUCCAUUCCUCCUCAUCUUCUUUUCUGUCUCGUUUUUCAUUUUUCCAACUUUAAAUCCAUUUUAAACCAAUUUAUUUGGAUUUUAUUCAAAGUUCAAGAAGAAAAAAAAAUAAUAUUAGUUUUGAAUCUUAAAUCGAUCGACGGACGUUUCUAAAAAAUAAUAAAUAAAUAAAUAAAUAAAUAAAUAAAGUGCAAUAUGAUGCUGGCGGUUCAGUGCGUCAUUACCCAGAAUCCUCAGCGGCUCGGUUUCCCGAAGUAACGUGAUCAUUUCUUCUUUUUUAUUUAAGUGUCUUUUUCUACUUCCGUGUGUUUGUGCGCGCGUUCAUUCAGCUUCUUGUUUUGCUUUUUGUCGUCAGAUUUAUUUCCGUGUACAGGUUCUGUUUUUUUUCAUGAUGCCUUAUAAGUGAUGUAAAUAAACUGUAAAAAAAAAACAACAACAACAAACAAUAAAAUGAAAAUAAAACCA